UUUGAUGAAUUUCUAUGUUUACUGUGUUUUUUUUUUAAAUCCCUAAAUUCAUGCAUAUUUUAGCCUCCUUAAUUUCGUAACCUCCCAAUUUAUGUUAGUACUUGUGCUGAAUAUCCAACAUCAUGGCCUUCGAUUUGGAGUCUUUGUCAGAGGCAACAUCCGGGGCAAUUGGUGCUCUGGUUAGCACCACUAUAUCGUACCCACUUGACACCUGCAAGACCAAAUAUCAAGCUGAGGUUAGAGCUCAUCAUCAACAAAAGUAUAGGUAUGUCCUUUCUCGUCUCGUCUUCUCAUUUCGUGUAUCAGCUACUGUGUGUCUGCAGUUUGUUGGUUUUGUGGGGUGCUAUGCGAAUUUCUUGUCCAGCACCAGGAACAUAUCUGAUGUUUUCUGGGAGGCAAUUGCUUCCAGGCAGGUUCUUUCAUUGUAUCAAGGCCUUGGGACGAAGAACUUGCAGUCUUUUAUUUCACAAUUUGUAUAUUUCUAUGGGUACAGCUUCUUUAAGCGGUUAUAUUUGGAGAAAAGUAGGAACAAAACCAUUGGAACAAAGGCAAAUUUGAUAGUGGCUGCUGCUGCUGGGGCUUGCACUGUCAUAGUGACACAGCCUCUGGACACAGCAUCCUCUAAAAUGCAAACAAGUGAAUUUGGAAAAUCCAGAGGACUUUGGAAAACCCUCUCGGAGGGCACUUGGAGUGAGGCAUUUGAUGGUCUUGGCAUAUCUCUUCUUCUGACAUCAAACCCAUCAAUCCAGUACACAGUUUUUGAUCAGUUGAAACGAAGACUACUGGAGCGGCAGCUCAGCAAAAGAUCAAGCAUAGAAUCAUCUCCAGAAGCACUCUCUGCCUUUUCUGCUUUUGUAUUGGGUGCAGUUUCAAAGUGCAUCGCGACGUGUGUCACAUACCCAGCUAUCAGAUGUAAAGUGACGCUUCAGGCUGCUGAAUCAGAUGAAAGUGAGAUCGAGGAAGUUCAAGCAAAAACCAAGACAAUUUCAGGUGCACUCUAUUCUAUUUGGAAAAAUGAAGGUUCGGCUGGUUUCUUCAAAGGGUUGCUGGCCCAGAACCUGAAGACUGUGCUGAGCUCAGCAUUGCACUUGAUGAUAAAGGAGAAGAUAUCAAAGACUACAUGGUUCCUGAUGCUUGCACUUAAAAGGUAUCUGUUUGUCACACGCAGCAGAAUCAAGAGCACUUUAUGACGGUGAUAAUCAUAUGCAUGGAAGUUGGAUCCCUGUCAGUAAGGGGCUCUGCUGGAUAUGCCCGCAUCAGUAUUAAAUUUCUUAGACGUUGUAACUAGGUAGGAGACCUGGAUGCCAGUUCAUCUUUCCCGGGGAAGAAAUUUUAAUUUGCUGCAAAAGUGUUUAUUUUUAUCCCUCAAUAUCCUGCUCAAAUUAAAUAAUAUAGAGCAAAUAAAGUAAAAUUUUUAACAUCA